UAUGUCAGAUGCACCACAGGUGGGUAGUGGGACUCUGGGCAUUGUCACUUUGGUUAAGUAUUCUAAGAGGCCAAAUAGAGUUUGUUAUCUGUGACAGAGGACUUUAAUGCAUUAGUGAUGAAAAAACUGCUCACCCCUGACUAUUGUGAUCUCCCAGAAAGUGUAAGGCAAUGCAGUAUUUGAAAUCCAUGGCCCAAAAUGACUCUAGCAGUGGAGAGUCUCUUCCAUGAAGACGACGACCAGAUAGGAGGCUGGGAUGAGCAUGCCACUGCAUCAGAUCUCUGCCAUUCCAUCCCAGGAUGCCACUUCUGCUAGAGUCCACAGAAGUAAGACCAAAGAAAAGGAGAGGGAAGAACAGCAUGAGAAGACUUUGGGACAUUCCAUGAGUCAUUCAAGCAACAUUUCUAAGGCUGGGAGUCCUCCACUGGCGUCAACCUCGGCUCCGGUGUCCACCUUCUCUCGUACUUCCGUCACACCAUCCACUCAGGACAUCUGCAGUUCCAGUGCAGUGUUUUCUGAGUGUUGUCACCACAGUACCGUGCAGUCUGCUGUUGUCUUGAAAACUCCUCAAUGCCAGAGUUCUCUGACACAAGGGCUCACUGUGACAGUUAUCUAUAAAGACACAGUACAGGCGUCAAAGAGAAAUUCCUUUGGUUCAGAAUGGGUCCAGGCCUUGAAGCCUGCUAAGAAUACCAAAGCCAGAAGAACACUAAAGUUCUCAAAGUCCCUAAACGAUGUGGGUGAGAAGGCCCAGGAUACUUUGGAAAGUUUUGACUAUGUGGAAAGAACUUGUUCUGAAGGAAAAUUAAUACUCCCUCAAGAUCCGUGUCUCAGAAUUAACAGGUUCCAUCAUAAAGAGAAAAGAACACUGAUCCACAAACCUCUUGGCAAUUCCAAACAUUCUUGUGUUUCAUCCCUUUCUGCCAAUUGUUCAACUGCCUCAGAGGUGGGAGCUGGCAAAGGAGGUGCGCACGUCCCGCUGUUGGAUGAGAUAGGAGAUGUUCGGGCUGUGUCCAGAAGCUGGCAGCUGCUUCGCUAUUUGCUGUCCCUGUCCCGUGGCUCGAGCACCGGCAGCCUACACAGGUUCCAUGAACUGGAGAGCUGUGCCACCCACCGGCAUGCCGCCAAGUCCUCCAGUGGGCUGGCCGGGAGCAUGGGCUUCUGCUCUGAUGAAAUGGGAGAUGAUGACGUCUUUGAGGACAGCACAUCUGCAAAACUGAAAAGCAGGGUCCUACGGGCGCCCCUCUGCUCCACAGAAAAGGACAGCGACCUGGAUUGUCCUUCUCCCCUCUCUGAAAAAUGCCCCCCCACCUCCCCUGUGUCCAUAUCAGGGGAUGCCUGCAGGAUCUGCCACUGUGAGGGAGAUGACGAGAGCCCCCUGAUCACCCCCUGCCGCUGCACAGGGAGCCUCCACUUCGUGCACCAGGCCUGUCUGCAGCAGUGGAUCAAGAGCUCUGACACCCGCUGCUGCGAGCUUUGCAAGUACGAGUUCAUCAUGGAGACCAAGCUGAAGCCUCUGAGGAAAUGGGAGAAGCUGCAGAUGACGGCCAGUGAGAAAAGGAAGAUUGGGUGCUCAGUGACAUUCCACAUCAUUGCCAUCACCUGUGUGGUCUGGUCCUUGUAUGUGCUCAUAGACCGCACUGCUGAGGAGAUCAAACAGGGGCAGGCGACAGGAAUCCUAGAGUGGCCCUUUUGGACUAAAUUGGUAGUUGUGGCCAUUGGCUUCACUGGAGGACUUCUUUUUAUGUAUGUUCAGUGCAAAGUAUAUGUGCAAUUAUGGAAGAGACUCAAGGCUUAUAAUAGAGUGAUCUAUGUUCAAAACUGUCCAGAAACAAGCAAAAAGAAUAUUUUUGAGAAAACUGCACUAACAGAGCCCAAUUUUGAAAAUAAAGAUGGACGUGGAAUCUGUCAUUCCGAUGCAAACUCUUGUUGCACAGAGCCUGAAGACACUGGAGCCGAAAUCAUUCACGUUUGAUUGUGUGGAGGGUGUAAUUUUCCUGGGUACCCAUGAAGAGCUGAAGGAAAUUGUUUACUGCCAAUUGUGUACCUUUCUUAUGUCCUUUAAUAGCAUAGCCUGGGCAGGUGACUAUUUUUAGUGGCUUCUCUUUUUCUGAACCCUCCUUAAUGAAUCUCCUCGAAAGCCCUCCCAGGAGCCAGGUGUGGCUGGGUCCCACCUCUGCCGGGCUGCUCUGUGGAAAGGCAAGGUGGAAAACCUCAUGAUGCCAUGAUGGGGAGCCGGCUGGGUUCCUGCUUGUGAUCUUGAGCAGAAGGAGAGAAUAAAACGCCAAACCUAAGGGAAGAGCAGGAGCAAGGGGCACGGGUCCUGAUGUGUGGCCUCUUCCAGCUGCAGCAUCCUAGCCCCCUCAGCCCUAAGGAGAGCCUUUCCAGACACGACCUCCUGCUCACCUCUGCUGAUGCUGACACUGACACCUUAGCUGUCAUGCAGGCGGUGCCUGGUGCUCUGUGCGUGGUGGUGUGUGAUUCACUGAGCAAACAGCACUUUACAGAAGAGAUUCUUUAUUUUGUGAUACCUGUGUCCAGUGGGAUUAACACUUAAAGAGCCUCUCUUUUAGAAAUCUUC